UGAAUUAAACGAAAUCAUCGUUCUCAAGGAAGAAUUGUUUGGUAAAAUAAGUAAAUAACUGAUAUACGGAACUAACAUCGCAACUUUUAGAUUAUCUUCUUCGAUUUUUAGGUUAGGGUUUGCGUCAAUUCUGAAUCAUCAUCAUUGAAAAAAAAAAAAACCCAAAGGUCCAGUUUGUAAGAAAGAAUUGUUUACUUGGAGGCCUUCUAACGAGGAGUUUGUACAUAAGGAAGUUGCUAGUUUUUUUUUUUCAAGUUAGAUAGGAAUUUUUUUUUAACUGGUACACCUUAACAAUAUCAUUUCACACGAAAAAUGACAAUUACAAAGCAAUGGCAGGUAGUCGGACAAUGAAACUUGAAUCUUGAUUACUUCAUUAUGGUAUUGUAUUUUAUUACCGAAAUCCAAGCCCACUGCUAUGCAAAAGACUUGGAUUUAAGAUUUAGUUACCAUGAGAAAGGCUACAACUUUUUUCUUUGAAUUGUUAAAGGUUUAAAAUGCCUCCUCGAGAUCAAGUAAGAGGCGUAAGCCCGGGGCGGAAUUAAAAAAUAAAUAUAAAAAUUAUAUAUCUUAUAAAAAAUAAAAUGCUAACUAAUUUUAUCAAAAACACAUAUAAAAAGACAUGAAUUGUUUGAAAUUGACACAAAAGGUAAAAAACAAACAUCAUAACUCCCUGAGGCGCAACUUUUAUGAGGCGCACAUACAAAAUAGAGACUCGUUUUUUGGGCGCUUCGCACACUUCAACCGUUUUUUUAAACCAUAAAUAAAUGUAUUAGGCCAGACGUAUUUAAUGUCUUAAAUUGAUAUUACAUUUUUCUGCAGCAUUUAGCACUUAUUCACAAAGAAUAGUUUGAUAUGAUCAGCAAUCUUCCUCAACCCAUAAUAGAAAUUAUCUUAUGUCUUCUACCAACAAAAGAGGCAGUAAGAACAAGUAUCCUUUCUAGGGAAUGGAAGUACCACUGGACCACAAUUCCCAAACUUGCGUUUAUUGAAGAUGCGGUUAAAGCAUCAAGGGAUGAUGAUGGGCUCAAGGAACGGUUAAGUAUAGAAAAGCUUAACCAAGUUAUUUCAAUGCAUCAGGGUCCAAUACAUGAGUUUUCUCUAUCAAUGCAUGCAAAGGACCCACCUUGUGUUGAAUUUGACCAUAUAAUGGAUAAUUUUUUGUCAAGAAACAACAAUACCCUCACGAAAUUAACACUUGACAUGUGUUAUGGCCGGUACUGUCCGUUACCCGAAUCUCUUUUCUCCUUGCAUCAAUUAACGCACUUGUAUCUUUAUUGUUGUCGUCUUGAUGUUCAACCAACAUUCAAUGGAUUUGGUAGCCUUACCUACUUAUACAUGGGAAAUGUAAUCAUCUCUAAAAGGAUGCUUAUACUUUUCCUAUCUAGUUGCCCGUUGCUUACGAUCGUCACUCUGAAUGCUAAUGUUGGAAGUCUGCCAACUGCUGGUGAUUUUACUCUUAUUGAGCUAUUUGGUUGUUUACCCGUGAUUGAAAAUCUGUCUAUUUGUCUUAGAAUGAUGACGGAUUUUGCUCAAGGUAGAGUUCCAAACAAGCUUCCAAUCGCAUUAGUCCACCUUAAAUGCUUGUGUAUUAGAGACGCGUGUGCUCCAAAUCAGGGAGACAGAAUCCCUUGCCUUCUUUUCUUGAUGAGAAGCUGCCCGAAUCUUGAGAAACUUAAGUUAAAAAUCUAUCACAGUCUACGCUUCAGGUCAUGGACAAAUCAUUCAGAUAUGUGGUUCGCACAUUUGAAUGAAUUAGAGAUUGAAUUUUGGGCCAGGAGGCAUUUUAUGAUGAAUUUGUUGCCGCAUAUGUUGGCCAAGUCACCUGUGCUGAAGAUGGUGAAGAUAUUGCUUCGCUACAAGGUUUCUAAGGAUGAAGAGUCCGAUAUGGUACGACGCUACUCGGCAUACGCACAUGCAUCGCCUGUGGUGGAAAUCACUGUUGAAAGCGGAGUCGGAUUUAAGUUUGAUCGUUUUUAACCACAGUUAGCUUAAAAGGAGUAAGACUAGAAAAAACUGAAACGGCUCCAUAGUUAAACCUUCUUGUUUCUCUGUUCCCUGAAGUGAUAUGUUCUUACCUGUUACCCCUCCCCAUAAAAUGGAUCUUUGAAGAAUGAAAAGGCAUUGGUUUGAUACAAUGGAAUGAAGCUCUUAAUCAUGACAAAAGAUCGAUUAUAUGGCUCAAUCUGAAUAAUCGGUAGUUUUAUAUGCAUAUAUGCUCACUCAUACACGGAAGUUUGGUUCUAAUUCAUUGCUUUGAACUUUGAAUUUGAUUCUUUUAGUCUUCUGUAACUCAGGGGAAGUAGAACCCUUGCAUAAAUUGACCAUAGUUGGGAAAUGGAUACUGUGGUAAAUGGAUAUGAUAUUGAUAUUGUAGAUAAAUGAUAGGGUUAGGUAGUGACAUCUGCAAUGUCAUUUCUAAGCUUGAGAAAAGAUUUGGAUCUCUUAUAUUACAUUAAUAUUUUUCAACUUGUCA